CAGCCACUCUUUAGUUAUAAAAUAUACCAACCAUCAUAUUACUCUGUCUUUGAAAUGAAAACAGAGAGAGUGAGUCAGAUAAGUAGCAAGUAACGUGCACCCAAGUACAUUGAUUGAGUGAGUGAGUAACUGAGUGAUCGUGCUCAUCAUCAUUCUCUCUCGUUCAUUCAUCAAAACACACACACACACAUCCCCUCAUUGCUAAUUUGAGUUGCAUUGCUCAUUUGCUCAACAAUAUUAAUCAGUAAGGUAAUUAAAGGAAUUAGGAACAAACGAAUAUGAGCAGCAGCAGCAGCAGCAACAAUGGAGGAUAUUAUUCAUCAUCACAUUCACAGUUUGGGGACACAACGCUGACCAAAGUGUUCGUUGGAGGACUUGCCUGGGAGACUCCCAAAGACACUCUCAGAGAACACUUUCAAAAGUACGGAGACAUCCUUGAAGCUGUCAUCAUUUCUGAUAAGCUUACCGGCAGAUCCAAAGGCUACGGAUUUGUUACGUUCAAGGAACCUGAGGCGGCUAACAAGGCUUGCCAGGAACCAACUCUCAUCAUCAAUGGUCGCCGAGCCAACUGCAACAUCGCAUCUCUUGGUGCUCGCCGCCCAAGGACAAAGUCUUCUUCUUCUCCCACUGCUACUACUCCACCUUCUUCUCCUCCAAGCAGCCAGGUGCAGUGGUAUUAUCCGGUGGCCACACCCACAAUGCCUACCCCAUUCCAUCAUCAACACGCUCACACCCUUCCAUUCUACAUUGGAACAGAUCCUCAUAUGAUGAAUUACAAUUAUAACUACGGUUUCCAUUACAAUCAGAAGCUGCUGAGCUAUGGAAGCGGUGGGAGCUACGUGUAUCCAAGGGUGGGUGCGAUGCCAGUCAUGUACCACCCUCUCUACAGAACCGAGGCUAUGGGUGUCCCUGCACCUCAAAUCUACCACCAUUAUGCCCCUUCCAUCACUCCUACUCCUACUACAUGUCCAGUUGGCACCGGUGAAAUGCUUCAAAAGAGUAGUGGUCUGAGAAGAGCUUAGUUGGCACAUCAAAUAAUAACAGAAGAGGAAAUGGACGCAGCAGGAUUAUUAUCUCAUCUGUUGUGCCUCUGCUUUUGGAUUCUUUAUUUUUUAUUUUUACAUGUAUUUUCUUUCAUUUUUAAUCCUUAAUUAAUUAAUUAAUAAUAAUCUUAGGUGUUUCUUUCAUGAGAUUCUUUCAUUUUCUUUCUCUAUCUAACAUCUCAGCGUGAGCUGUAAACUGUUUCAGUACAAGAAAAGAACAAUAUGACCAUGUCAUGUGUAUCUUCAAUUACUCAUUGUCUAGUCAUGGUUACUUACUUUUGUUCACUUCAA